AUGCUUCGACUCAUCUGGAACUGGUGGGUAGACGCUGUUAAAGGGUUCUUCAACCUUCGCUUCCGUCGGCCUGUACCCAAAUACCACCCACUCCCUGACACGGUGUCCCGAACAUUCGUCGCGACGACCGAUGGCGAGCAACUUGAGUUCCUCGUCUGCCGGCCGCAGCAUGCCGGUCAACACCCGCCGGUGCUCUUGAUGCACGGCGCCUUCGGCCACGCCUCCGUCUGGCUGAACUGGAUGACCUACCUCCACGACAACGGCUAUGGAGGAACAACAUAUGCCAUCUCCGUCCGCGGCCACGGCGCGAGCUAUAGCCCCUCGAGCUACUUCCGCAUGCUUCUUUUGACAACGCAGCACGACGUAGCGAAUGAUGUCCUCGCCGCGUUCCAAGCAGUCAAGGAGGCAGAAGGAACCGAACCAGUCCUGAUAGCGCACAGUUCGGGGACAAUCACGUACCAAGAACUCCUCUCUCGAGGCACGAUAGCCACACCGGCUCUAGGCUUGAUUGGCGGGGUCCCCCAUUUCGGCAUCACGCCCAUGUUCGAGAACUGGGCUGGCUUUGACCGCUGGAUGAAAACCCGCCUUCUGCUUCACCUUGGACACCCGAAAAGCAACAUCAGUACGGUGAAACUACUGCACCGAGCCUUCUUUGGACCGGACCAGCCGCUCGAAGCCACCGUCGAGUUUGCAAAGUGGGCUGCCGACAGCGAGGCGAUGAGAUGGCCGCUUAGCUCGACGGGGACCAAGAGGAAUGGACAGUUUGAGUGGCUUGAUUGCCGUGAUGUUGUCGCCAGCAUCGCUCCCAGACACUCGACCUCCGACAGUAUUCUCAUCGUGAGCGGGACAGCAGACCGUCUCAUGCGCGGCACAUCUGAACGGCUGGCCGCCGAGUACCGCACAGCCAUGGCCGAGCGAAUUAACAAUUCCGGCUCCAAGGCCACAACCGGUGUGCGUCUUGUCGAGAUUGACCGUUCUGGUCACCACGUGCAGAAUGAUGUCCAUUGGCAAUGUGCAGCAAAGGAACUUCUUAGCUUCCUGGAACAGGUUUGA